CUGGCCUAGAGUUCAUCCACUGGUACUGGUACCAAUCCGUCUUCGUAUUCACCUUCUUCGUUUUUCUCAGGAGUCCACACACUUUCGCCAAUUCUCUCGCUUUCACGAUCUACAUCCAAGAUGCACGCUUCUCAGAUCGCUCUCGUUCUCUCCAUGGCUGCGGCUGCCCUUGCGGCUCCCCUGCCUGAACUCGACGCUCGGGAACCUAUCUCUCUCGGCACCGCAGGCAAGGAGCUUGCUAAGGGUUUGGCCACCGGAGGUGGACUUGCUGCCCUGCUCGCGGGUGCUGAACAUUUGAUCGGAGGCGACUCCACCUCAAAACGCGAGCUGGACGUACGCGACCCUCUGUCACUGGGCGCGGUCGGUAAGGAGCUCGGCAAGGGCUUGGCUACUGGCGGUGGAUUGGCCGCUCUGCUCGCUGGAGCAGAGAGCCUCCUUGGUGGUGACUCCUCCAGCUCUAAGCGCGAGCUCGAGGAGCGCGACCCUCUGAGUGCCGCUGGCCUUGGUUCGGCAAUCAAACCUAUCCUGGGCAGUUUGGCCGGUGGUUUGACGUCUGCUGGUGUCACCGCCCUCCUGCACAAGGAAUUCGGUUCCCGCGAGUUGGCCGAAUUGCAGGCCCGUGGUGUCGCCGGUGCUGUCGAAACGGGUCUCAAGGAUGUGAUCGGCAAGGGCCUCGUCGGUGGUUUAGGAAGCGCUCUCGGAGGCUUUGGCGUUGGCGAAAUCAUCGACAAGUUAACGAGCCGUGAACUGGAAGAACUCGUCGCACGCGAGCCUCUUAGCCUUGGCCCCAUUGCGAAGGGUGUUAUUGGCACCGGCGUUGGUAUCGGCGCCAGCACCCUCGCGGACGAUGCUUUGGAGAAGCUGAAAGACCUGUUCUCUCGGGAGCUGAGCUUGAACGACCUCGACUAAUUCGGUCAAUUCUUCCGAGAAACGUGGCGUGACGCGGGUUUGCACAUCCAGAAUCGAAACGCUGUACAAUAGUGGGCUUCCUGUAUUGAAAAACGGAAUGCGAGCAAGCGAUUGGUUUUCCCCAGACUUCUGCUUUCGCCCUUGAAUAUACUUAUAAGCCGC